GUCCUCCAAAAAGCUUUCCUUCAGGGGUCCUUUGAGUUAGCGCUAAUGCUUGUUAGCUACAGUGCCACACUAGCCGCUACGUACGCAGUCAGUUGUUUAUGGUAGUUUCUGCUGGGAAUGAACCCAAAAGAUGUCAGGGAUGACCUGACAACAUCUGGCUCCCUCCAUCAUCCCAGCUGUGUUGGGUAGGAUAACUCCCUCACAUCUUCCCAAAGUGUGCUACAUCCUCAUUUUCUAAAGACGUCCUCCCCACCGGGAAUAACCGGUACCAGCCACCUAGAGACCCUCUGCCAACGCGCUUCAUAAAAAAAGAGACAAUGUAUUGCUUACAGUGGCUACUUCCUGUGCUGCUCAUCCCCAAGCCGCUGAACCCAGCGCUGUGGUUCAACCACUCCAUGUUCAUGGGCUUCUACCUUCUCAGCUUCUUGCUGGAGAGGAAGCCCUGCACCAUCUGUGCCUUGGUCUUCCUCGCUGCCCUCUUCCUCAUCUGCUACAGCUGCUGGGGCAACUGCUUCCUGUACCACUGCCAGGACACCGCACUGCCGGACAGCGCCCACGACCCAGCGAUUGUUGGGACUUAGGAGCGGGGGAGCGAUAUCAGAAAGGGGAAUGGGGGGUGCAAAGGGUGACAGGGAAUUGCUGGAGAAAGAUUUUGCCAUGCUGUAAAUGGGGACAGACUACACUUCUAUGGUGGGAGAGCAGUGUAGAGGCGAUGUUAAAGGACUGCUGGAUGGGAAUACUGCAAAUAAAGACAGCCCUCGGCCAAGAGUUGUAUUGAGGAAGAAAAGAGCCAGUUUGCGUGCAUUAUGGGGGGCUCUUUUGCCAUGCCAUAAGGAAAGACUUGAACUUGAGGAGGAGAGGAGGGAUGCCAGAGGGGACACUAUGGAAACUUUGAUAUAACAGGAAGGGAAGUCGGUGCGUCCCAACUUGGAAUGCUAAGGGAAGGAAAUGUUUGAACUUUCUGCUACUUCUUAAAAUUAUUCCAGCAUUUGAAUGAAAAUUAGACAAAAGAUCCUCCACAUGUUAGCUUAAAGUCACCGCUGUGUUUCAGUAUUCUGGUUCCUUUUAUUGUUUACUUCCAACAUUGCUCAAGAGAGACGUCGUUUAUUUAAUUUUGACGGGUCAUCUUUUUCAAAUGUCCAUAAAUGGCCAAAAUUCACUUAAUCCUACUGAAAGUGUGUUUCACUGGCAGCCAUGCUUGCUUUUCAGUGCCCAUACUACGCCAGGUAGUGUUGAAGAAUGGUUGACCAGGCUCUACAGGAAAACAGGACAAUAUGCUUUUCAUAGUCAACCCUGACCAAACUCUGUCGCCAUUUUGGCUCGGCACACUUUCCUGAACGAGGAGAGCACACAGACACUGGACAAUCAAUAACUAUGCUGUGAAUAAUUCCUCCUCUGCCGCAUCGCCACGCAAUCACACCUCAGAAGGUUCACGCGAGCUGAGAAACGGUGUUCUGCAGCUGCCCCUCUUCAUCCUCAUCUCCUCUUCUUCCUCACAUCUCAGAGCGACUGCUGCAAGACUUCAACCUUUAUUUUUCAUCCUGCUGUCUUUCUUUUGUUUGUUUACUUUUCUUGUGCAUGGGUUGCUGUUAUUUGUUUGUUAAAGAAUUAAGUUCACACAUUUUAAUCAAUUCAGAAAAAAUGCCGAACGUUUCCAAAGGGUAGAAUAAUCUGGAUGUGAGGAGUGUGUGUAUGGAAGAAAUUGUGUGAUGUGUGCGAUAGGUGUGUAUUUUUUUGUGAUCAUGACAUGCUGACAAGCGUUAUAAAGGGGCGGUACACAAGGUGACAAUAACAGGUGCUCAGUGUUUCAGUGUCAAAAAGCAAUACAGAGUGCUGGGAAAUGAGAAUUCUUACUGGUAGGUUAAUUGGUAAUGGCGCUCUCAGUAAGAUGCUUUCCUUGUGUAUCACUGCUGCAAGUGUUAUGUUUAGCUGUCAGACACAGGCUAAGGUGUUUAGUGUGUGUGUGUGUGUGUGUGGGGCUUCCUGUCGCAGUGCUCAACAUGCUCACUGCUACAUUAUUGCUUUGGUUUUAAUUUAAAUAAAGUUUUUCCUUUCAACAUGUUA